UUGUCAAUGCGAUGAGAGAAGAGCAGUGUGAGCGAUAAGUUAAGCGCUGCAGCUUCAGAUGGAGCACACGAGGUUAACAAUGACACCAGACCUAGCUGCUGGAUAGCUUGCAGUCAGAACAUGUCACAGUGCGGAAUAGAGCAAAGGUCAACGUUUUCUCUUACAUGCCAACAACGGUGUGUAGGAUUUUAACUACCUUGUCAUCACCCUGUUAAAAUGUUAAUUUAAACCAUUUCAGUAUUCUCUGGCAUGGAAAGGCAGUUUGAUUGAAACCCAAACAGUUGGGCUUUUACUUUUGUUCCCUCGUUUCAAGUAGUAAGUUGGCAGCUUUUCACGUCCAAACAAGUUCUCACAUGGUGAUUUGACACAGCAGAAAAAAAAACUUAAACUCUGCAUCACAGAGUGGUCCAGCUGACACAAUGGUAGCAGAUGACACAGCAGAAAGUGGGGACAGAUCAGACGGGGAGAAGAAGAUGGACCUGAAGGAGCCUGCAUCUGAAGACAUGGGAGGACACGAAGAUGGAGACGUAGAGAUGGUUGUCUUCGCUUCGGAGGGCCUGUCUCCCUCCGAAGGUCCCAUAGAGGCAGCCGAGGAGCCCAGAAAGUGGAAAUGGGCCGUGUUUUUCUUGUGCCUCUUUGGAUUUAUGGCAUCGAUAAAGCCCGGGGAGCCCUUCAUUACACCGUAUCUACUCAGCCCUGAGAAGAACUUCACCAGAGAGCAGGUGACCAAUGAGAUCACUCCUGUGCUGACGUACUCCUACAUGAUGGUGCUGGUGCCAGCCUUCCUGCUGACAGAUCUUCUGCGCUACAAGCCCGUCCUGAUCAUCCAGGGUGUCAGCCAGGUGGUCAUCUGGCUCCUUCUGCUUCUGGGCUCCACCCUAACUGAAAUGCAGUUGAUGGAGGUCUUCUACGGUGUUACCAUGGCCUGCCGCGUGGCCUACUCUUCCUACAUCUUCUCCCUGGUCAGCCCAGCCCUCUACCAGCGCGUGGCCGGAUAUUCCCGCUCCGCAGUCCUCUUGGGGGUGUUCACCAGCUCAGUGCUGGGUCAGCUGUGCAUAUCCCUGGGAAAUGUCAGCUUCUACACCCUCAACGCCAUAUCUUUGGGUUUUGUCAGCUUUGGUCUGAGUCUCACGCUGUUCCUGCCUUGGCCUAAACGCUCCCUGUUUUUCCACCGGACAUGGAAUCAGGAGCAAAAGGAAGUGGCAGCAGUAGCCACCAAAUCAGAACUGGACAAAAUAAACCAGCAAGAGAGUGUCUCGUCCUCGGCGCCCCCCCUGUGCUCUGCAUCACGCUGGAGGCAUUCUGUCUUUGUUCAGAUGCUGCUGGAGUUGAGAAACGUGGUUAGGAGGCCCAGCCUGAGGCUCUGGUCCCUGUGGUGGGUGUUCAACUCCACAGGGUACUAUCUGGUGCUGUUCUACGUUCACAUCCUGUGGAGCAAAGUCUCCCUGGCCGCUGAGAACAAGAACAUUUACAACGGGGGAGUGGAGGCAGCUUCUACACUGCUGAGUGCGUUGACUUCCUUCACUGCUGGCUAUGUGAAAAUCCGGUGGAACGUCUGGUCUGAGCUGGUCAUCGGCGUCAUCACUGCACUGCAGGCAGGUCUGCUGCUCCUCAUGGGCACCACAGACAACAUUUGGGUCUGCUACACGGCCUACGUCCUCUUCAGAGGCUUCUACCAGUUUCUGGUGCCAAUUGCCACUUUCCAGAUAGCCUCGUCACUCACCAAGGAGCUCUGUGCCUUAGUGUUUGGCAUCAACACCUUUUUGGGGACCAUACUGAAGAGCAUCAUCAACCUGAUCAUUUCUGACAAGAGAGGCCUGGCGUUGGACGUGCAAGCUCAGUUCCUGGUGUACUUUGUUUACUUUGUCAUUCUCACCGUCGUCUACUUUGUCUGUGCCGCUGUGGUCAUCAUCCGUCACUAUAGAAAACAGCCCAGGGAAGGAGGCGGGGCCAAGGAGCAGGCGGCGCCCACGCAGCUCAGCCCCGUGGCCGCAGAUUCGGAGGCGGAACCUUUAUCGAACGGCAAAAGUGCCAAAGCAGAGUGACAAGAAACGUGUCCCGCCUUAAACAGUCUUCUAUCAGUAUCUCGUCUAGAUCACAGUUUCUGCUGCUAAGCUCUUCAGACUCAACGGGAUCAAUCCCUUUAAUGCUCUAAUUGGUGAUGGAGUGGUUUUAGUGUUAGCCGCUGAGCCUUAAUUAUAGAAGUGCCUCCUCUGACACCUGGAGCUCCUGCACAACACCAGGCAGAAAGGCGUCUUGUGUCCGACGUCUUGGGACAGUUUGGUUUUAGUUUUUGAUGAUCAGAUGCUGUAACUGAGAAGAGUAAAUUCUACUUUUUAUUAUUUUUUUAUUUAACACAAAGCA